AUGUUCAGUACAAAACUCCUCACUUUUAUUUAUGUAGUAAUUUCUACUAUUGAAGCACUUUCAGACAAUGUCACGAUAGAAAUAAAUGAGAGAUCUCUUGCCAAGUUUCUGUUGGAUGACUACUUUAAAUUCACAAGACCUGUCAGAAAUCACUCGAUUGUUCUGAGUGUUACAGUACAACCGCAGAUAUAUAAUUUGGUGGAAGUGAACGCAAAAAAUGAGCAGAUCAAGCUGCUCCUCUGGUUUCCUCAGGGCUGGAAAGAUGACUACUUGACUUGGAAUCCAGAUGAAUGGGGCGGAAUUGAAAAGAUAAUUAUUCCAAAGUCAUUAAUUUGGAUCCCAGAUGGCUACAUUUUUAAUACAGUCGAGGAAAUGGAAACACUGGAAAAUCAUAAUGUGAGAGUGAGAUACGAUGGAAAUGUUGAGACUGAUUUUAACAAACUAGUCGACUUGACCUGCCCCAUGUCUGUUCUAUCAUUCCCAUUUGACUCCCAGUUGUGUGCUCUUCAAUUCGGAUCAUGGUCCUACCCAUAUUACAUGCUAAGUUUCAAUGUGUUGGGUGCUACGGUUGAUGAGAAAAAUAAUCAUUCUGAGUGGGAUAUAAUUGCAUUCAAUUUCACCAAAUUAGUCACAAGAUACAAUGACACUGUUGGCGGUGUUAAUGUCUACGAGGAGAUUGUUUUCUACUUGGAAAUCCGACGAAAGCCGCUUCACUACAUUUUAGUGAUAAUUAUACCUACAUUUUUGAUAGUUACUGUAUCAAAUAUUGGAUUAUUUACACCUCAUGGCGUGCAUGGAGAUCGAGAGGAGCAUGCAUCUCUGGGUCUUACUACGAUGUUGACAAUGGCUGUGAUACUGGAUAUGGUUACAGGAGAAAUGCCGAAAAGUAGUGAGGGAAUACCAUUGUUAGGGAAGUAUGUGCUGAUCGAGUUUUCAAUUUCUAUCAUCGCUGUUUUGGUAUCAGUUCUUAUCAUUUUUGCACAUGAACGAAUGCUAUAUCUGGAAGCAAGACCGCCUUAUUGGAUUUGUAGAAUUUUUUGCAAAGAGUGUCGUGCUCCACUGGCUGAGAUGGAGUACGAUGAUCUACUUUCAAAGCCAUUAAACACCACUCAAGAACUCAGAUUAUGUAUCGAAAAAAAUAUAAAAGAUAUUCAAGUGUCUGGAAAACAACUAGAAUCGGAUGUUCUAGAGAGAUUGCUGGGAACUUAUCCUGGUUUGAACAGUUUGGAUGUAAACCCGUUAAUCAAUGGAAACGUAUUGGAGACAUCGCAUACACUUCGAAUCGAACGAAUUAGUUUCUCGGAUUGCGGAUCGUAUGGAUUAGAGGUUUUACGGAGAUUCACUGGUAGUCAUAUUGUGUUGAUAGAUGCACCUAUUCGCGAGAAUGAUGUUGUGGACAUAAUCAGAAAAUGGAUUGCAAAUGAGGCAUAUAAAAACUUGGAGACACACAUGAUCUAUUUGAAAAUUCGUGUCAAAAUAAAUCCGCAACUUGUCAUGGAUUCUUUCCCAACAGAGAGGUACAAUCCAGCAGUUCGACCACCAAUAUUUCAUUAUGACAGCAAAAUCAUUGACAGAUACCCGGACGAAAUGGACUUUUCUGAAGAUGAUUUCUGCCGUGAUGUGAUCAGGGGAAUUGAUGGAAAGAGAGCUUCCAUUGGUUGCUUAACUGAAGCAAUCUUUUUCGUGGUUUGGAAUUGA